CUUCUGAGACUUCUGGUGAAGGCAUUAGCUCCUGGAAUGAGAGAUUACUUUGACUGUGACAAAAAUGUUUCUUGUAUUGUCAGGGACAAGCAAGAAAAGUUCACAAAUGAUGGCAGAUCAUGGAGCCCUGUGUGACGCGCAGGAAGCCACUUAUUGCAUGAAUGGAGGGACAUGCUAUAAAAUACAUUCAAUGAAUACACUCUCCUGUGUGUGCAAUGAUAAUUUCAAAGGUAGCAGAUGUGAGCAGUUCCAACUCUUCAGCAUCUCCUCCAAAGCAGGGGAGGCUGGGUUAAUUGCAGCCAUGGUCGUUGUUGCCCUCCUCAUCUUAGUGGUACUGGCAAUUGUUAUCUUCUACAUACGCAAGAUGUUGAAAGCCAAGCAACAGAGCCGACAGAACAAUCAGCAACAGUAUUGGAGAGUGAAACCAAGAGUAUGACCUUUCUCCUGUUGUGUUUCUCUACUGCUUGUGUGCUGGAUAGGGAUGAUGAAAUAAUUCUCAAAGUUGAGUGUCGCUUGCUUUGUCGGACAUGGUGCUACACUACAAUCACAGACCAGAC